AGCAAGAGCAAACAAUAUACGUAGUAUGUGAUUGUACAAAAAAUUAUUACCAAAAGUGGAAACGAUCGUCAGAGAAGAACAACAGCCUUUUAGAUCUUCAAAGUCACGUUGAGCUCCGCCCUCUUGUGUAAAUUAGAUUUUUUUAUAUUUCUUUUACCCCUCUCUUUUAAAGGACUAGAAUAUAUAAUAAAAUGGGUGAAAGUAAACCUGAUUAUAAGGUUGUCAUUGAUCAAGAAGUUGAUAAUGGGUCAACGAAUCAAACAAUUGUCGCAUCUUCUAGAUUUAAACUGUCUCCGGGUUUGCGAGCAGUUCUUCCCAUUGCAAGUUAUUGUUGUGCUUCAAUUCUUAUGACUGUAACCAACAAAUUCGUAUUAAGUGGAUAUGAUUUCAAUAUGAAUUUUCUCUUGUUAACCAUUCAGAAUGCCGUUACAGUAUUACUAUUACAAUCUUUCAAGUUUCUCGGACUUAUCAAAUUUCGUGGAUUCGAUAAAGAAGAAGCUCGUAAAUGGUACCCCAUUGCUGCCGCAUUAGUGGCCAUGAUUUACACCGGCUCAAAAGCACUUCAAUUCCUUCGUAUUCCAAUUUAUACCAUCUUUAAAAAUUUAACCAUUAUUCUUAUUGCAUAUGGUGAAGUACUUUGGUUCGGAGGCAAAGUGACACAUUUAAUGCUGGUGUCCUUUGGUUUAAUGGUCUUUUCUUCUAUUAUUGCUGGCUGGACUGAUGUUAAUGAUACAUUAGCUCAAAUUGUCGAAUUUGAUACAACUAUUGCUGGAUAUUUUUGGAUGGCUACAAACUGUAUUGCAUCAGCUGCUUUUGUUCUUUACAUGCGCAAGAGAAUCAAGCUCACCAACUUUAAGGAUUUCGACACUGUUUAUUACAAUAACCUUUUAUCCAUCCCUCUGUUGAUUAUUCCUAGUUUGAUCUUUGAGGAUUGGAGUUCUGAAAGUUUAGCUAGAAACUUUCCUAGUGAGGUCCGUCAGCAAAUGGUUAUUGCUAUGAUCUUUUCUGGUGCUUCUGCUUUUGCAAUGUCUUAUGCUUCCGCUUGGUGUGUGCGUACCACUUCAUCUACUACAUAUUCGAUGGUUGGUGCGUUGAAUAAAUUACCUAUUGCUGCCUCUGGUAUCAUGUUUUUUGGAGAUAAAGCCACUUUUGGAAAUAUCUCUGCCAUCAUUGUUGGUUUCGUUGCUGGUUUAGUCUAUGCCGUUGCUAAAACAGUUUCUAAUAAGUCGCCUCAAAACAAGGAUAUAAUUCCAAUGUCGUCAUCUAGCCAAAGUAAUGCUGAUGCUAUGAAAAAAAGUAAGACUCCCAAGGUGAAGCGAGCGCAAAAAGAUGUGCCACGGUUUAGGUUCGCAUCGAUUUCAGGUCGCUUGGUUCCAAUGCAAACAGUUCGAGAACGUUUAAUUGGUAUCUGGAAUACUUUGACAUGGCCAAUUUGCGUAAAGAUUUUGAAGGCAAAUAUUGCUGUCACAAUUGCCCUUUCAUUUAUUUUGAUCGAUCCAAUACGUAACGUAUCUACGACCUCUGCUAUUUUAGCCUCAGUUGCUGUUGAAUUUGUUUACCCGAACAAAUCCUAUGGAUUCAUUGCUGAAGAUGUCUUGCUUGGUGGCGUUAUGUGUUGUAUUUCAGCUGCCUGGUCAAUACUUGUGAAUGUAGAACAAGCCAAUGUAGGUGGUAUGCUAUCGGCUACGAUUAUGGUACUCAGUUUUACUUCGGCUGUAUCAGAUACCCAAUUUGAACCCAUCACAACGUUGCGAUCGCUAGUCUCGACCUUGGUUGGAUUCGGUCUUAUCUUCUUUUGCUUCUUAUUCAUCUUUCCAGAAAAUAGCACUCGUGUCUUUGUACAGCAACUAAUUACCGUUCUCGAGACCCUCAAUGACAUAACUCAACAGCAAGUUACAACUUUUCUUGGUGUCACACAAAUACGCGAUAUUCCCAAUACCCUCGAAACACUAGCUGUUAACCACAACAAGAUCGAUGUCCUGAUUGCGAAUCUCGUCCAGAAAAAACGCAUGGUCAGACGGGAACCUUCAUACAAUGUUAUUGCACCCACGGAUGUGAGUGAGCUGACCUCUUUAAUUAAGACUCUACGUGUGCCAAUUCAAGGUUUAGGACACAGCCGCGCUAUGGAGCAGAAUAUGAGAAAAGCAGAAAAAACGGUUGCACAAAAUAUGGAACAUUUGAGAGAUGAAGCCCUAGAUACCGAUACUGAUGAAAGGGACGAACAAGGACGUCCUCGUAGCUAUUAUGGAGGAACAACAGAUGAUAGUGAUGAUGAAGACGAUCAGGAUAUACUAGACACCAUCAGCCCACAAUUACCCUCUAGUAACACCUCAAUUUCAUCCACGUCCAGUACCUCUACUUGUGGUCGUACUCGCAGAAGAAGAACUCGGUGGGAUGAUUCAAUGAAAGUGAUGACAUAUUGGCGUGAGGAUUAUGACGAGGUUCUCAAUAUUGUAAAGCCGACCUAUUUAGAAUUGACUGAUGCUUGCUCAGAAGCCAUUAAAGAGUCUAUCAAGCGGUUACGUCGGAUGCAGAAUUUGGAUCCACGAUAUCAAGAUAAGCCGUUUUUUUACAAGUAUUAUUAUCGCUGGAGAGUCGGCUCUGAUAAGGUCAAAAAGGAGAGUUUGGAAUACGAAUAUGCACGUCUAGUGGAUCCUUCACUUGAAUUAUUAGAAGCAAUGAAAAAGUUUCAUCAUCAUCGACUGAUAGGUUUGGAGAGAUUAUAUACAAAAUCAGGUGUGCCUCGCAGGAUCUUGUUUUUGCUAUUGAAGUUCCAGUUUAAUUUAUAUGCAUAUGCCGAGUCUGUUUAUACUUUAACGUCAUUAAUUUAUGAACUGGAUCAGGUCCGUAUAAAGAGAAAGAUGUGGUGGCCUCAUCUUGGUUUAAGAAAGUGGUUUCGUCAAUCCAACAAGGCAGAAGAAUAUUUCGAUCUGGAUACUCCAUGUUCAAUUGCCGAAGCAUCAUGUCCAACAACUUUAAAAAAAACGCUAUCCAAAAAUGCUAAUACAGCCCCAGUACCACAUGAUUUAGAAAAAGGUGAUCGCAAACUAUACAAAAUUCAAACGCCUAAUCGUGGCCAUGCUCAUUCCCCAACAGAACACCAUGAAGGGCAUCCUUAUGACUAUGGAGAAACGCCAAAUAAACAUGUUAAUCCAUGGUUACAAAACACUUUGGAUCCUUUGGAAUAUCAUGAUCCCGAUGUUGCCUAUCCCGAAACAAGAAUACAGAGAAUCUUCUUUUCAAUUUAUACAUUUCUGAUGAAAUAUCUGUAUACACAAGAUACCAUAUUCUCUUUUCGUGCUGCAACCGUUGUUGCAUUACUAUCUUUACCCGGUUUUUUAGAGGAAUCGUACGAGUGGUAUAAUGAGGUACGAGGACAAUGGGCUGUUGUGGUAGCAUUGAUAUGGAUGGGACCUUCGGUAGGAAGCAAUUUUUUUGGUACUAUGACUAGAACAUUGGGUACUUUUAUAGGCGCUGUAGUAGCUAUGAUUGUUUGGGAAGCUAGUAGAGGAAGCAUACCCGGAUUAAUUAUUUUAACCUUCAUAUUCAAUCUACCUUGGUGGUUGGUUUAUAUUCACGGGAAAUUUUGGAAAGCUACAGGCAUGUUCUCCUUAAUUACGAUCUCUCUUAUCAUUGGAUAUACAAGCAGUUAUAGACCCAAAGGAGUGCCAGUAUCUGUAUUUGUCAUCACCUGGGAGAGAACCGUUGAUGUCGUAAUUGGUGUACUUGCAGCAUUAUUUAUUAGUGUAUUUCCGUACCCUCGAACUGGACGUGUGGUACUCCGGCAUCGUAUUUCUAAGACAUUGAGUGAGCUGGAAGACGAAAAUACUCGUCGAGCAAAUCGUAAACUAUUUCGAUCAGUUGCGGCCUCCAUCCGUCGUCAAAUACAGGGUGAACGUGUAUUGUUAGAACAAAGUCGAUUCGAGCCUGCCUUACGAGGUGUAUUUCCUGAAGACAAGUACCUUCGCAUCUUGCAAAUUUUAGACAACCUUUUAAGUUUAAUGUUAGAAAUGGAAUUCUCUUUGGAUAAGAUACCGCUUCCUUGGCGAAUGAUGAUUGUAAAAGAUACAUGGAAAGAAAGAAAAGCUAUGAUAUCAUCGUAUUUGAUAGCACUCCAUCUGGGCUCAAAUGCACUAACGAGUAAAGCCCCCAUGCCCCCGUAUGUACUUAGACCGACAAAAGCAAGGCGCAAUCUAACGAACAGAGCACGUAAAUUACCCGCAAUGCGAUUUGAACAUCUUGGUGAACGAGAGUAUACUUUUUUUAGUGCCUAUUUAAUGAAUUCGGAACAGUUGGCUGUGGAAAUAGAAUUGCUGAUUGCUACUAUUUGUGAUCUUGUAGGACCAGACAGUGUUAGUCUGUGGCUCAACUACAAGCACUAG